AUGGCCAGCCGCCAGCUUACACGGCGGAUUGUCACCAGCGCUGUGAUUUCACUAUGCCUCAUAUUCUUCCUAUUCCUCAGGCCUCAGGGCCCGCCGAGUCCCGCCGUUCGCGCCCCAGGCCACAUUGAUCACACCGCACCCGCACCGGGGAUAAGCAUUCAAGAUAGCACACUGAAAGGGGCCGUGGUGAUGCCGAAGCUGGGCAAUGCGACAGUCAAGGCUGAAUUGGGUCGUGCGACAUGGAAAUACUUCCACACCGUCAUGGCACGAUACCCCGAAUCCCCCACGGACGACCAGAAGGAGGCGCUGCGCUCUUAUAUCUACCUGUUUGCACGGUUAUAUCCUUGCGGAGAAUGCGCGGAGCAUUUCCAACAACAUCUACACAAAUAUCCACCUCAGGUAUCAUCGCGCAAUGCGGCUUCGGGCUGGGCUUGCUUUAUUCAUAAUGAGGUCAAUGCGAUGCUUGAUAAGCCUGAAUUCGACUGCUCCAAUCUAGGAGACUUCUACGAUUGUGGCUGCAACGGGGACGAAGAAGGGGAUGUCAAAAAGAGUCCAGCCUCGCAGUCUGAUGAGGGCACGGACUUUGAUGCCCCUGCUGUGGAGAUCUCAAAGGAAGCGACUACCCGCGGUUGA